CCAUUGGCGCCAGGCCAUGUCAGUCUUCCGGCACCGUGCUUAGUUCUUUCCCGCUGAGAGGUUGAACUGAGAGAGAAAGGGGAGCGGACGGUGAAGUGUCUGUCUCCAUCUCACGGACAGAAACCUUUGCGCCUUACUUAUUUCUCAGACUGGAAGGGAAGUCGACUGGGCUGAUCUCCACAUAUAACGAGAUAAACAUAUAUAUAAAACAAUGCGCCUCCCUCGAAAAUGUUGGACCUUAUGCACCACCAUAAGUAUCAUUGUGAUAUGUUUUAAAACAAAGGACAUAACAAGAUCGGAGCACCAUCAUACGCAACUGGGGGAUGGAGAAGCGAGUCCGACACGACUGAUGGUCAACGCCUCCAAUCCAGCAAAUGGGAAGAAUCUGCUUCCACGCUUCGAACACUCAUUGAAGGGGUGGAAAAACAACGCGUCCCUCGUUAUGAAGAUCAGGAAGGAUAUUCUUCGAUUUUUAGAUGCAGAGAGAGACAUAUCUGUCGUGAAAAGCAGUUUGAAGCCAGGAGAUAUAAUUCAUUAUGUGCUGGACAGGCGUCGAACCCUCAAUAUCUCGCACAAUUUGCACAGUCUUCUUCCGGAAGUGUCACCGAUGAAGAACAAGCGAUUCAAUACUUGUGCGGUUGUAGGGAAUUCUGGAAUUCUUCUUGGAAGUGGAUGUGGAAAAGAGAUUGACAGUCAUGAGUUCGUAAUAAGGUGUAAUCUUGCGCCCCUUCUGGAAUAUGCCAAUGAUGUUGGACUCAAAUCUGAUUUUGUCACGAUGAAUCCGUCAGUUGUGCAAAGAGCGUUUGGGAGUCUUCAGACUGAGACAGACAGAGCGAGAUUUGUCGACAGGCUGGCAGUGUUGAAUGACAGUGUUCUGUGGAUCCCUGCGUUCAUGGUGAAAGGAGGAGAGAAGCACGUGGAGUGUGUGAAUCAGCUGAUCCUGAAGAACAGACUGAGCAUACAGACAGCUUAUCCAUCCCUUCGACUCAUACAUGCUGUCCGUGGAUACUGGCUGACAAACAAGGUUUAUAUCAAACGACCAAGCACAGGCCUACUGAUGUACACCCUUGCAACUCGGUUUUGUGAUGAGAUCCACCUUUAUGGAUACUGGCCCUUCCCAAAAGAUACAAAAGGUGUCCUGGUUAAAUACCACUACUACGACAAUUUAAAAUACAGAUACUUUUCUCAUGCUGGGCCACACCGAAUGCCACUGGAGUUCAAAACGUUAAAAUCUUUACAUGACAAAGGAGCUUUGAAGUUAACGACAGGGAAGUGCAUCCAACCCUAGAAGUCACAGCUCUGAAGAAAGUUGGUGCGAUGUUUGCACAUUGUACAUUUUUUGUGAAAAGAUAAUUCCUCGACGAUAAUUGCAGCAAUGCUGUGAAAUGCUCAAUGCCCAACUAUGUUUACAGCUUCAGAUUGAAAUAUAGUCUCACUGCUUGGAGCAAAGAGCAAGCAAUGAUGUGUUAACAAUGAUUGAAUAUUGAUUGACAGAAUGGUUCAGGUCUGUGAGAUCUGUCAUUGCUAGCGGGGCCCUGCAUUCAUUGGAGCCUCAGAUGGCCUGAGAACAAAAUGGGUCUUGGUGUUAACUAGAGGUCAGUAUUAUUAGUCUUGAGCAGCUGUCUCAGCAAGCAGUCAAUGCCAAAGUGCUACACGUGUAUAAUAAUUGUUACUGAGCCACAGUUUGAAGAGACAUCUUUCUUACCUACCUAUGUGAAUCAGCUGAGGGUACCAUCUGCUGUAAGAAUUACAAGGGCACGAGUGGACUAAAAGACUGAUAGCACCGCUGCCCAUCGUCGUCAGUAGAUUUAUAGCUCAAAGAAUGUGAAGAAGCUGUCUUAUGUAAUGUGCUGAAUGUGAACUGUAACUUGUUAAAGGUGCCCUUUCUGCUGGUACCAAAGAUCUUUAUAUACUGAUCCUGUUAUAAGUCACUUGCAUUUGCUAAAUUUACUUGGGCAAAAUGUUUUGUGCGAUUCCUACGUUUGGUUUCAGUAGGAGAAACAAGGAGAUAAAAUAAGGUAAAGUGAAUGAAGUAAAAAGCACAAGUCUUAUUUAAGCAAAAGCACAGGUUACCAGAUCCUUAAAGCAUCCUUGAAGUUAAUAGUUAAAA